AUGGCGUGGCCCUGCAUCAGCCGCCUCUGCUGCCUGGCGCGGCGCUGGAACCAGCUCGACCGCUCAGACGUGGCGGUGCCUCUGACCCUGCACAACUACUCGGACCUCGAGAGCGAGGAGCCGCGCCCCGGCGGUGCUGCCUCACGCACAGGCGCGUCCUCCGCAGGCAUCCGGGGCCCCGGCCGGGAUGUGCCGCUCACUCAGUACCAGCGGGACUUUGGCUCGUGGCCCGCGCCCACGAGGCCGAGAGAUGCCACCCAGGGGCGCAGGCCGGGAGCGGUCGGCCGCAGGGGCAAGUCCCCCGCCUCCCCUGUCCGGGGGAUCUACGUGCUCCCCAUCGGUGAUGCGGACACGGCUGCAGCAGCGACCACAUCGUACAGACAGGAAUUCCAGGCCUGGACUGGAGUGAAGCCGUCAAGAUCCACGAAGGCAAAACCCACCACGGUUAUCACAACCCACAGCUCUGGAUGGGAUGGCAGCCCUGGGGCCAGCUUCCAGGUGCCUGAGGCGAGGAAGAAGUUCGCUCCUAACCCCUCAGCCAUUUUUCAGGCUUCAGCCCCCGGGAUCCUGCACGUGUGACAGCCCGGCAGUGAGCAGCGCCGCUGGGCCGGGAGGGGUCAGAACCACUGCGCCAGGACACUGCGGUGGGAGCUCCCACGGACCGUCUGCUGCUGCCAGAGGGGGAGGGUCCGUCUUUCCCACCGUGGUCGCUGUCCCCCCUCUCCAAGCUGCCACCCGGCCGCAGGCCUGCGCACAGCAGGGGACAGACAGACACGCCACCACCAGGUUCAACUCUGGACCUCAGCCAUCCUCUUCCUCCUUGAAGAAGGAAGCAUGUGGAAGGCUUCCGGUCUUUUUAAAUGGCCCUUUUAGACACCCUUCGGUUUUUAAAGCUGGAGAACCUGAGGACCAGUUCUGUUGCGAACUGAACUGGUUGGUUGGCGGGGGCGGGGCUGAGGUGUAGGGACAUCACGGGCCCCUGGAAGAACCCGCCGCGUCCACCUCGCUUCCCCAGGCCGCACGACGGUGCUGUCACCUACGGCGGGCAACCCAGGGGAGUGCCUGUCCUACAGGCGGCCCCACACGUUCAAGUUGUAGAAGUCUUAGGUUAUCACCUGCAUGUGAUUCACAGUCAUCAGGAAGUAAUUUCUGAAAGAAGAGGGUACAGAUCACAGGGUUUCAGUUUCAAAGACACAAUUGAUGGCCAAAAUCCCUUAUGUUUUAACCACACAUCAGCGUUUCUUGGGAGGAGUGCUCGGACUAGUGAACCACCGAAUGCCGCUUCCGUUGUGCGAGGUUUCUGAGCCCCACAUUCUAUUACCAAUUCCACCUUUUCUUCCCAUGUUGACAAUUUGAAGAGAACUACCAUCCACACUUUCUAAGAAUCGGGAGUUUUUAGAAGACGGCCGCAUCAGCCUCAGUCCCUACAGGACUAACCUUGCCCGCCCGCUGGUGACCGGGAGCUCACUGCCUGCUGAGGAGGCAGCCCAUUCCAUCCUUGGAAAGCUCUCUCCUUUCUCCGCGAGUCCCGCCCAUGCGAGUCCCACCCAAGUCCCACCCGUGCGGUGUGGGAGUGAGCCUGGUGCUGUUUGCAUCGCAGCCCUUCACACACUAGGGAGGAGUUUAUUCCCUUCUUAAAGAUCAGAGGCACAAUUUAGGCCAAUUCUGGUUAAGAAAACUGGAGGACUUCCCUUUGGAUCUGUGCCCCUCUCCAGCCUCCAAGUGGCUCCGGUCUGGAGCACUUACCUAAGCCAUAAUAGAGGUGGCACUCGGGUCUCAGAACCACCCCAGAGUGCAGGCGGGGCUGUUUCCAGCUCAGGCCGCAAAGGGGGCAAACCCGCGGGGGUGCUAGUGCUGGCAGGCACGGCCCACCCCUAAUCCCUGCAAAGGGAAUGGAGGCUCUGAGAAUACUGGGAGGGAACCAAACCGCGUGCUUACACAGAAUCCUGUUCUUUCAGACCUCGUUGGCUUAGGAGGUGUUUCUAAGGGACUGCCUGCUGGGCAUUCUGUGGGACAUGAGCACAUUAACUGAACAGUCUCGGAUUUUACUAACAUGCAGAAAUGUACUGUUUUAAUUUCUUGUUCACUUCUUUAAUUAUAAACGAGCACUUCUCCUAUGACUUCCUUCUUCAUCCUCCCCAUGACAAUAAGGACUAAAUCUCUUUGCUGCUGGUGUCCCUGGAGGCUCAUCCAGACUGGGAACGCUCGCUUUGGGAUGCAGUCCACACUGGUGUUAAAUGCAGUCCCUCACAGAACCCACGGACCUCGCCUGUCACACUUCGCAUGCCCCUUUCCCCACCCUCAUGCCCCCACCCCCCGGGAACCUAGGGUAGAACUGUCUGACGCUCGUCUUGGACUCCGAUCUUGCCUCCUCUGCUCAUUCGCUGUGAGCGGUUGAAGCUUCCGUUUCCUACCUGCACAACCAGGCUGAUAACCCUACCUGGCUCAGAAAACCCUUGUUUUGGUGCAGGGUGCUUAGGAAACGGCCAACCGAGCACAGCUAUGGCCACUUCUUUCCGGCCCAGGCACCCCUCCCCGCUUCCCCAGGGACCGGCUCUGUUCUCUGGCGCUGUGCUUCAUCUACUCCAACGCCACCCACACAGCCCCCCUCACUAGAUGCUGCCCAGCACACUAUCCCAGCGGGGAGGAGGUGGGCCUGCUCCAUUCUGGCAUAACCACACGCCCAAGAACCUUUCUGGAUGCACUAGAACAGACGGCUUUUCAAACUCCCCGACCUGGUAACCUUCCUUAUUAGACCAAAUUAUUAGGAGAUCGGGUUCUGAAGAAACUUCCUCUCUGACUCUGGCUCUCAGUAAACCCUAACAUGGUGUUACCUGUUAUGCAUCCCAUACACACAACACACAUUGACCGAGACAGACGGGCACUGGAAUAUUAAUGGGGGUUAUCCUUAAGAUGGGGAUUUAUGAGUAAUUUUCCAUA